UUUCUUCAAAACCUUGGCAAAGUAGAUAGGACGGCAGAUGACAUAUUUGACGAGCAUCUUCAAAACUUUACACGCCAACAGAAUGCAGCAAACAGACUUCAAAAAGAAUUCAAUAAUUACAUCAGAUGUGUUAGGGCUGUUCAAGCAGCGUCUAAAACCCUUAUGGAUUCCCUUAAUGAGAUUUAUGAAAGCCAAUGGACUGGCCACGAUUUAUUGUACGUUCAAGCACAAAGUUUAGAUGUGCUAUGGCAAGAUUUUACUCAUAAACUUGCGGAUCAGGUCCUUGUGCCUCUUAAUACAUAUCAAUGUCAAUUUCCGGAAAUGCGGAAAAAAAUUGACAAACGUGGCCGUAAAUUGGUAGAUUACGACGGUCAAAGACACAACUUUCAAUCAUUACAAUGCAAUCCAAAGAAGCGUGACGAGACUAAAGUGAUGAAAGCUAAAGAAUUAUUGGAUGAGGCUAAACGAACUUACGAGCAACUUAAUUCAGAGCUUCAUGAUGAAUUGCCAGCGCUUUAUGAUUCACGUGUACUCUUCCUCGUCACCAAUUUGCAGACUCUCUUUGCGGCUGAACAAGUAUUUCACGUGGAAAGUGCCAAGGUUUACUCAGAAUUAGAAGCGAUCGUUGAUAAGCUUGCAAACGAUAGUCAAAGAGGUUCUUAUACAUUGAAAAAAAACUCAGAGCCACAAUCACCAAAAUCUCCAAACGCAAACUCUUCUUUGAUAAUCAACACGCAAGCACCAUCUCAAAACAAUAUUUCACCUGCUCUCGAAACGAAGACAAUCGAGAAACGAAAUUCAUCGCCUACAAUUCAAUUGAACGGCAAUGCAAAUAGUAAUGCUAACAGCAAUGAUAAUUCAGUGAAUAGUCAAGAUGUAUCACCACAAAGCUCAGUAGUGCCUGUUAAACGUGUUGAAGAAUUGUAUGAUAUACCAGUGGACGUGGAAUAUGAAAAUGGUACAAAUUUUUCUAUAGGAGCUACUACUGAAAACUUGCCAGCUGGCGUUUUGUACAGGGUCAAGGCUACUUACAAGUAUGGUCGUGAAGAUAUGGAUGAAUUAUCAUUCGACGUUGGGGAAAUUAUACAAGUUGUUGAAUACGAUGACCCUGAAGAACAGGAGGAAGGAUGGCUAAUGGGUAUUAAAGAAGGCACUAAUGAAAAAGGAAUGUUUCCAGCAAACUUCACGAAGCCACUGUGA